AUGGCUUCCUACAGUUUCCAGCCCGACUAUUGCAAUGAGCAGGUCUUUCAGCGCAAUCGUCUCCCCGCUCGAUCUUAUUGGAUCCCCGAGAAUGCUCUUCUGUUAAACGGCAGCUGGGAUUUUCAAUAUGCACCAACGCCUUUCCAUGAUGCUGAUGAGUGGAAGCCAAUGGAAGUUCCAUCCCAUUGGCAGUUGCAGGGAUAUGGAAGACCUCAGUACACAAAUGUCCCCUAUCCGUUCCCAAUCGAUCCUCCCUUCGUUCCAACCGAAAAUCCAGUUGGGACUUACAAAAGAUUGUUCCGGGUCCCCGCAGGCUGGAAAGUUCCCUCUCAGCUUCGAUUGAGAUUCGACGGUGUCGAUAGUGCUUUUCACCUUUAUGUGAAUGGAAAAGAGAUUGGCUACAGCCAGGGAAGCAGAAAUCCUGCCGAGUUCGAUAUUACCGAUCACAUCCGUCUCGAGGAGGACAACGAAGUCAAGGUGCGAGUAUACCAAUACUGUGAUGGGACAUAUCUGGAGGAUCAAGAUCAAUGGUGGCUUUCGGGCAUUUUCCGCGAUGUCUAUCUAUUAGCAUUCUCAGCCACGGUCAGAAUCGAGGACUUUGUCGUGCAGACUUGGUUGGAUGAGUGUUACAGAGAUGCUACUCUGCAUAUUGGCUUCCAGCUCUACCUAGACACUGCUUCAAGCAUCGCGGUCAAUGUUCGAGAUCAUGAUUCAUCGCUGAUGGGACAAAUUGUCAAGUGCGUCCCUGCUCGAUCUAAAACCCUCGACCUUGACAUUCCGAUUUCGAACCCUAAGAAAUGGACGGCAGAAACACCCUAUCUCUAUGACCUUGAGAUCGUCUUGACAUCCACGGAUUGCGAACCCCAGACAAUCAAACACAAAGUCGGAUUUCGGCAGGUGGAGCUUCGGAAUGGAAAUAUCACAGUGAAUGGCCAACCAAUUCUUUUCCGCGGUGUCAAUCACCAUGACUUCCAUCCAUUGAAAGGACGCGCCGUACCACUAGAUUUCCUGAAACAUGAUCUCAUCUUGAUGAAGCAACACAAUGUCAACGCCGUCCGCUGCUCGCAUUAUCCCUCUCACCCCAAAUUUUACGAUCUCUGUGACGAAAUAGGGCUGUGGGUGAUUGAUGAAGCCGAUCUCGAAUGUCACGGCUUUAUUCGAGGUGAUGUGGACAUGAAGAACGUGCCCAAAGAGAUCUGGCAAAAAGACGGCGCCGACUCGAUUGAAGAGUAUCUCAGUCCUACUCUGGCCAAAUACACAAGUGACAAUCCUUCCUGGCGAGAAGCUUACCUGGACCGUAUCAGGCAGAUGCUGCAACGGGACAAAAACCACCCGUCAAUCAUCAUCUGGAGCCUCGGCAACGAGGCAUGGUAUGGAUCUAACCAAGCCGCCAUGUACGAGUAUGCCAAAAAGCACGAUCCCACUCGCCUCGUUCAUUAUGAAGGAGAUCGGAAGGCGGAGACUACGGACAUGUGUUCAUAUAUGUACCUUGAACUCGAGAAUCUCAAGCAGAAAGCAUUGGCGGAAGGCGAUCAAUUUACCAAGCCCAUCAUUUUGUGUGAAUAUGGAAUGGCACUAGGCAAUGGGCCAGGAGCAUUGGAAGAAUACCAAGAGAUGUUCUACCAAUAUCGGCGGCUGCAGGGAGGAUUCAUCUGGGAAUUCGCAAAUCUCGGACUGUGGAAAGAUGACAAAGGAUACUACGCCUAUGGCGGAGAUUUCGGCGAUUAUCCCAAUGAUGCGACAUUCGCUUUGGACGGUCUUUGUCUAUCGGAUCACACUCCUGGGCGUGGCAUGCUAGAGUUCAAAAAGGUCAUCGAGCCAGUCAAGAUCACAGUGGACAACGGCAAAGCUUCGCUUCGUAACCUAUAUGACGUUGACUGUCUCGAAAACCUCGUGCUCGUCAUGGAAUUAUCGAUAUUCAAUGGCCGCGAACAAGGAAGUAUACUUCUGGAGCGAAGAACAUGUCCCAUCGUCAUGCCUCAUCGAUCGAUUACUGUACCACUCCCAGAGCUUCCUGAUAUUGAGAAGGAUACUGUGGAAUGUUACAUCAACAUCAGUCUUCAGGUAGACAAACCUACAGUAUGGGCGCAAAGCGGCCACGAGAUUGCAUGGUGCCAACAUCUAGUCGAAAAGUCCCAAUGGCCAAGCAUUCCCGCGAUGGUUCAAAAGUUUCCAAUUCAUGUUCAAGAAUCUCAGACCUUCUUCGAAAUCAAAGGGUUAAAUUUUUCUAUUCAAUUUGACCGGAUCAGGGGCUGCUUGGCUGAUUGGUGGUUGGGUGGCCAACAAGUAUUCACCUCGGCACCGACAUUGGGAGCUUGGAGACCCCCGACAGAAAAUGACAAGAAGUAUGAUGCCACACGAUGGGACGAAUAUGGCCUGGACAAUCUUCAGCGACGCGUGAUAUCUGUGUCUCUUCAACCUUCCACCGAAGACAAUCUCGUUGUUACUGUCAAGGCUUAUAUCGGGGCCGUCAUUCGAGACUGGGGCUUCAGAGCCACAAUCACUUACCUGAUCCAUGGAGAUGGGACCCUUGUCAUCAAUCACCAUGUCUGUCCGCGAGGAUUUCAUCCUACCAUACUUCCCCGCCUGGGACUUGAUAUACAAUUGUCGUCGGACUUUGAAACUGUGGACUGGUUCGGGUGUGGGCCAGAGGAAUCCUAUGCAGAUAAACGCAAUUCGCAGAAGAUCGCCUUGCAUACUCGAACUCCAGAUGAGCUCUAUUCAUCGUAUGAGUAUCCACAGGAGAAUGGUAAUCGUGCCGGAACACGCUGGCUGAGGCUGACAGGAGCUCGAAACAUCGGGCUCGUUAUUGCACGCGUGAAUGAAUCCGAGGAAACGGGCGAAGAGUUUGACUUCACGGCUAUGCACUACACUGGCAAGAAUAUAAGAGAUGCUUGCCAUCCAACAGACUUGGAAAGACAAGAGGACGUGUUUCUUCGACUUGACGCCGCACACGCAGGUCUGGGAACUGCGAGAUGUGGCCCUGCGACGCUCGAUAAAUACCGAGUUCACCUUGCUGAAACUAAAUUUGGAUUUGUGUUUAAGCCAAUUUCAGUCUAA